GGAAACUACCAUCACCUCUACUCACGCAUGCGCAUUCAAUCAUAAUACGCUUGCCUACCAGCGGAGCGAGUCAGUCACAAGAUCCUUUACUGAUCCGCACUGCACACUGCCUGAGUGUUUCCUGGGCCAACUCUAACAAAAAUCCGGAGCUCGUCCGGGAUCCAGCGCCACCUAUUAGGGAGAACAGGAAUUACAACAGCGUGAACCUGUGCACUUCGGGGAAUGCUACAGUUCAUCAUCCGGAGUGUAUAGGCUGCAGGAACUAAAGAUGGCUACCACAACCCCACGAAGGAUGCUAAUCUUCAAGAUUCAAAAGAGACUCCUUGCCUUGAGUAUCAGCCAGCUACAGAUGGUCGCAAGUGCGAUUGACGACAGAUCAGGACUUGAUGCCGAGGCUUUGAGUGAACGAGAACUGUUGAAUUUGAUUGUUGACUACCUAAAGAGUGAGAAGUUGAAACACACGGAAGAUGAGGGCCUGGCUCGAAUCCUUCGCCUGGAUGACACGCUCGAUCAACUAGUGAAAGCCCCGGAUUGGGAAGAUGCUGACGAGGGAGGAAUGAGCGAGGGUGCGCUCGUUCAGGCGGAGGAUACGAAGACUCGUCGACGGAACACUUCAAAUACGGCGCCUGUGGACGGCCGCCCGCAGUCCUCGCUCGGGGAAAGUGACGUUGGCACUCUUCAACUAGCCACGGAGGGAGACGGUAACGUACCCAUUCGGAACCUCACUACUUCAUCGCCAAGCAGAUCCAUCGCUGACAGUGCUGCCUAUACCCUUCCCGACCAAGCCAGUCUGUCGUCCAGUGUGGAAAUCGGUGAAACCCGUCCUGAGCGGCAGGAGUCGUAUCACGUCAAAAAGGAGGAGGAGGAGUUCCCAUGUAUUAAAGAGGAAAAGCAGGAGAAAUUCAUCCAGGUUUGGCACCCUCACGUUGGGGAGAGGUCGCCUCCCGACAUAAAAAAGGAGACUGAAGAGUCACCAUAUAUCAAAGAGGAGCAGGAGGACAUCAAUAGCUUGAGUGGUGUCCGACUGAAUAGUGAAGAUGAAGGUCCAGGUGAGAAGAGCAGAGCGGCGGAGCCCCUGAGCAGCCGCAGUUCAAUAGAAAGUGAUGGAGACCACCAUGGAAGAACUCACACAAAUCAACUCACAGCCCCACUGUCAGACAUUGACCACGCAACGUCACACUUUUCUGACUAUGAUAAUGAUGACGACGAUGACGAGUCUGAUGGUCAAAAGACGGGUUGCAGUGACAAACGCUGGAAAUGCAUUCUGUGUGGUAAGAUCUAUCGUUAUAAGGCUGCGUUUAAACAGCAUAUGACAAGACACACUGGAGAAAAACCUUUCGCCUGCUCAGUGUGCGGUAAAAAAUUUGCUCUUAGGGAAAGCUUAUCAAAACACACAAGAAUGCACACUGUUGAGAAACCUUUCUCCUGUUCAGUUUGUGGUAAAGGAUUCUCUCGAAAGGAAAACUUGGAAACCCAUUCAAAAACGCACGUUCGCGAGAAACCUUUCUCGUGCUCAGUUUGUGGUCAAACAUUUACUAUGAAGGGAAGCUUAACAAGACAUUUAAUAAUACACACUGGUAAGAAACCUUUCUCCUGCUCAGCUUGUGGUCAAGAAUUUGCUCUGAAGGUAAGCUUAUCAAAACACACAAGAAAACACACUGGUGAGAAACCUUUUUUGUGCUCUGUUUGUGGUAAGGGAUUCUCUGAAAAUGCUUCCUUGAAAAAACACAGAACAACUCACACUGGUGAGAAAUCUUUCGCCUGCUCAGUUUGCGGUAAAAAAUUUGCUCUUAUGGCAAGCUUAUCAAAACACACAAGAAUACACACUGGUGAGAAACCUUUCUCCUGCACAGUUUGUGGUCUAACAUUCUCCCAGUCAGGUCAAUUACGGAGUCACACAAAAACACACACUGGUGAGAAACCUUAUACCUGCUCACUUUGUGGUCACAAAUUUUCUCUGAAAGACAGUUUAUCAAGACACACAAGAAUCCACACUGGGGAGAAACCUUUCUCCUGCUCAGUUUGUGGUCACAGAUUCUCUCGACAGGGAACUUUAAAAAGUCACAUAAGAACCCAUACUGGGGAGAAACCUUUUUCCUGCUCAGUUUGUGGUCGGAAUUUCUCUCGUAAAGGAUCCUUAAAACGACACACAAGAAUACACACUGGUAGAAGUCCAUCCCCUGCUCAGUUUGUUGCCAGAGAUUCUCAUUAAGGGGAACCUAUUAAAAAAAACAUCACACAAGAAUACACACUGGGAAAAAAACCUUUCUCCUGCUCAAUUUCUGCGGUGCCAGGCCAAGGCCAUGUAGAAAGAGAGUUGCGACACUUGGGUCUCGCCACGUGAUUCAUGUUGGUGUGAAUAGUUGCCAGCACAAGCAGCGCUGCAAUGUUUGUUUUAUGGAAAUGACUGCGGUGAUUGCGACCUUUAUGGGGAAAAUGGUUAAGUCAUGUAUCUCAGUACUUGUUUAAUUAUGUCAAUGUAUAAUAACAUAUUCGAAAAUGGUAGUUUUACAUCUGGAGUGAAGGGAACUUUCCUGUGUUGUGCAAGAUUUUUUUUUUUUUUUUUCAUAACUAGAAUACUGUUUUUCCAGAGAAUGUCUAGAUUUCCUUGAUUCAUUUACCCAUUUUAAUAUUUCAAAGGCAAUGAAUAACAAUAAAAACUCAUUACCCUUUGACAAAUAAAAUCAUAUUGUUUAUUGAACAAGACAUUGGUGUUAUGGGUCAUUGUUUACACUUAACAUUUUAUAGAUCAGUGGCUGCGAUGGUUGGUUGUGCAGCAUUUGGAUGCACCAAUCGGUCUGAAAGGGGCUUUGGUUUGUAUGGUUUCCCCGAGGACCAAGAGCAGCAAGAAAAAAACUGAUGGCAAUGAUCAGACAGACAUGAAAGCAUGAAAUUAAUAGGCUUUUUGCUGUUUAAAAAGGGGCCCACAGUGGCCAUAGCCAGCAGUCAUUAUCAGCAGGUAUCAGCAGUUGGCCCCAGCACAAGCAACAGCACUAAUACAGAUGUGUGUAUGACAGGAAAAAAAAAAGUCUUAAAUAGCAUUAUUAUGUGAAUUAAAAUCAUAUUUUGAGAAGAUUAGACUAUAUACAACAAUUUGGCAAAGCGCAGAUGACGAGAAAUGAGUCUUUUAUCUGCAGUUUAGUCCCGCCUGUCAUUAUAGCCCUCUAACGUCACCAGCUGGAUGAUGACAUCGGCAGGGUCACGAUUCCACCUGAUUUAGAAUUCAACCCAUUGAAGGGGAAGAUUCAGAACGAGGAAAAUACGACAGAGAGCAGCAAUAUUUUUACAGGAUAUUCUUUUUAUCCAAGCAUUUUUCCCCAAUAGCUAAAUAAAUGGUAUUGUGAUGACAAAUAACAGUCUUGUGCUAAAUGGAAUAUGAAAUGAUAAAAAUGCAUUUAUUCAGUGCGACAUUGCAAAAUGACUCCAUAAUGGUCAAAACUGUCGACUUCACCUUUACUUUCACAUCUCCGGAACGAUAUUUUAUGCAACCGUAGUUGGGCUUUUGUCAUUUCCCUGCCCCGGCUUCGGAGAAUAAACAAACCCAGAGGCGUGACAGCUAGCCGACAUGCUAACCCCAACUGAGUAAUGUUUCAAAGUCUUCGAAGGGAAAAAUCACACAUAACUAGCCCGGAUCAUUUCAUACGAUGGCGGGGUUGUGGAUUGUCUUCGCCGAUCGGCUUCCCGGCCGGCGGCGAACAAGUUAGAGUUCGUCGUUCCCUGAUGAGGGCAGAGUGCUCGUUUGCAAGGAAGCAGGUGGACAAUGACCGCCGGACAAACCGGCCGAUGUCGGAGGAGCGGCUAGCUGCCACAUUGUCAACACGAAUAUGGCAAAUGAUGCGUUACUACACGGCGAAGAUAUAAACAGCGAGUCAUAGGAGAGCGGCUGCAUUUGCUGUGCAGCUAACAUGGCAGAAUGUGUCUGAGGAGAGCUUUUCUACAUGCCCAUGCAUGGUCAAACGUAAGUAAAAAUGUCCUUUAUAUAAAGAAACCCUAACCCUAUUCGCGGCCAUUUUUAACACAAAGUUGCAAUUUCUGAUCAGGUGGAAAAUUUGACACAACACCAGGUACACCAAGAGGGCAAUAAGCCUAGUAUAGUGCUCUCCCAGCUGUGGGAUGUGAGACAUGCCGCCGGUCGUCGGCCGAGUGGACAAGGAGCAUGUCAGCCACAAAAUGCAAACCACCUCCAUAUUAAAAUGAUCCCAGUAUUUGUCAUAAUACAAAACGCGAUGUUUACUCACUUCCUCGUAAGUCCAAUGGUCCCACAGUAGUAGGGCAUGUUAUUGUCAAUAUCCGCCGGUGAAUGGGAACCUUUUGAAACCCCAAAAAGGCUCACCUGCCUCUCCCUGGUGCAGCAAAAUUUUUCUGCAGCCGUUUGGCUGGCGUGAUGUGAAAAACGAAUUCAGGAAUCGGCUGAUUCCACAGUCCAUCUGCAUGCUAUAAAGCAAUGCUGUAUUGUGAGACGCUGACCCGGGUGACGUCGCAUUUGUCCAAAACACGAAACUGGAGCCGGAAGUUACUCAUUUUCAUGGCGCGGGAUUCAAAAAUUGAAGAUAUAAAACAAUCGCUUCCACACACAUCCAAGCGGUCCAUUUCAUUCAGGAGCAUAAAACACAGCAUAAAAUAUGAAACAAGCAUGCUUUUGGUUUCACAUGCUUUUUGGUUUCAUAUGCAUUUUAAGGGUCAUUUCACAUUAAACCAAGAGAACCAGGCUCCGAUUGGAGAGCUACCUUGCGGCAACACUUGCAAAUGAGUUGUUGAAAAGGUUCAGCAUUCACACUGCACCAACUGGGUAGAAUCACUUGGACGGAAGGCGCACUCAUUGGUUGGACAAAGAGAAGAGGAAAUGCCACCCUUCUGGGAGGGGAGGGAGCGUGGAGUUUUUAUGCAUAGGAUAAAAUGCAUAUGCAUUUUUAUGCAUAAAAUUGUCAGAUUUUACACUAGAUACACAAAAAUCACCAAAUGCAGAGAUAAUCACCUAAAUUUUCAGGAUUGAUUGCAAUAUUUAACAUAUCAUAUAAAUUGUUGCCCAAAAUAACAGCUUAAUUUUUUUUUUUAAUUUACUGCAAAUUUGACGUUUUCAAAAGCUUAUAAAUGACUCAAUUUUCACACCACAAACGUAAUACUUGAGGAAAGCAUGCAGAACCAACUAUAAACAAUAUUCAAAUAAAUUAUAAAUUCUAUAUACAAUCACUACGUAUUAUUUAUUGAAUUCCGAUAUCACUAUGGGACAUAGGGAGUGUGACGGUGCGUCAGAACGGCCCUGGCCGUUUAACUGUUGUUUUAUUUUGAGAAGCCUCCAGUCAGCUAAUCGUCACCUCUGCCAGCUGGCUGCCUCCUCUCCCACUGUGACAUAAGCGGAUCAACGCCGGUGUUCUGACAAAUUUUGCAACCCAACAAAAAUGGCUACUUUGCGGUUCUGUGCAUGCGCGUAACGUUAAAAAUGGCCGCGAAUGCAGCGAUUCUAAAGUAAACACUACAAACUUUCUUUAAAGAAAGGAAUAUUUACUUGUUUGAUCAUGGAAAGACAUGUAGAAAAGUUUUCCUCAGACACAUCCUACCAUGUUAGCUGUACACAACAACUGCACCCCGCUCUCUCACUGUUAACAACUUCGCCGUGUCGUUAAGUAUUAAUUUACGCCAUUUUCAUGUUGCACAUGUACUGUAUGUUUAUGAUGUAUCUAGUUUACUUACCACCUUUGGAAAACAUUGAGAGUCCAACUGAAUGUAAAAAAGGGCUUUUUCAGCGCCACAAAAGCUUUGGGAGCAAAUUUUGACAAAACACCAGACGGACAGACGACGUCGCCGCCGCUGAUUGGCCACGACGAAAAGGCGCCAAGCUUCAUAAACCUGCCGCAGUCAACGCUCGGGGAGGUUGCAUUUGACAGCAUUCGUGCCGCGGUCCUCCUCGCCAGCUGUUUCCUCGCCAUUCACUCUCGUGUGCGUUUGAUCGCUACUUUGUUACACUCCCGCUUUUUCGGUGAGGUCUUUUGUGUUUAACCAUGAUUGGAUCGUUUUUGUUCACCAGUGUAAAUAAGAGCACUGAAGCAUUAGGGGUAAGCUGCCAUUUCUGUUCAACCCGUUUUCUCCUGUUUUAUUUAUAGAGUAGGAAGCCAGGUGUAGUGGCUGUGUCUUUUUAUUAUUUCCUUUUUACGAUCAGGGUUUAAGUGUAGCUCCUUUUGUAUGUUGUUUUGGCCUGGGCUUACCCUAAAGCCGCGCUUCUUCCGCAUUUUGUAUAUAUUGUUCAUUGCGAGUUUGAUUGUUGUGAAUAAAUUGUGUGCACUUGUAAACUUCUGUGGCUUGUUUUAUGUUACGCCCUUCGCAAGCCGUCCUUGGGAGAGAUGGCUGCUAGAG